CAGGAGCGUCUACGUCAUCAUCAAAGCGCCAGGCUCAGCUCCGCCCACCAGGUCGAUCCACAGACUUUCAGCCGCUGUUCGCUGUCUUCGCUUCUGUCAGGCCCUUUUUAUUGACUACAGCGGAGUUCCACCUCUGGAUCGGACGUUAACGAUAAUGCCCACAAUAAAACUACAGAGCUCUGAUGGGGAAAUCUUCGAGGUGGAUGUUGAGAUAGCCAAGCAGUCUGUCACCAUCAAGACCAUGUUAGAAGAUUUGGGAAUGGAUGAUGAAGGAGACGAUGACCCCGUUCCUCUCCCCAAUGUGAACGCUGCCAUCCUCAAGAAGGUGAUUCAGUGGUGCACCCAUCACAAAGAUGACCCUCCCCCACCCGAGGACGAUGAGAACAAGGAGAAGAGGACAGAUGACAUUCCUGUGUGGGACCAGGAGUUCCUCAAAGUCGACCAGGGCACCUUAUUUGAACUCAUCCUGGCUGCCAACUACUUGGACAUUAAAGGCCUGUUAGAUGUCACUUGCAAGACGGUGGCCAACAUGAUCAAAGGCAAAACCCCUGAGGAGAUCAGGAAGACUUUCAACAUCAAAAAUGAUUUCACAGAGGAGGAGGAAGCUCAGGUACGCAAAGAGAACCAGUGGUGUGAAGAGAAGUAAAGGGAAGAUCCUGCCAACACUACCACACGGAAAAGGAUUGUCUCUGCUAACUGGUUGCACUGGCGUUGUUCAUACUUGUUAAUAUUUACAUUUAGUAUAUUUAAAGCCACAUGACCGCCCCCCCCAACCCUCAUCCUUGUCCCUUUCCUCAAUUUCUGUAUACCAAUAGCAUGGCCAUUUUAACUUGCUUGUGUGGUGUUAUUAAUUUAAGUAAAGAAGCUCUUUCUGUUUCCACACACUCAUGUUGUGAAUUCUCAUUAAAAUAGUUCUGGUAUCAUGGCUUUAUACCCCUAAAGAUUAGAAGACAAUUCCUUUCAUAGUUUCCCUUUUAUCAAUUGCUAUGGUCGUCUUUUUUACUGGACAUGUUUGUUUUUCUUUUAGGUUAAUUGAUUAAAUAAAAUGGCUUUUUUUGACAAUGGAAAUUGAAGAGUGAAUGUUGUUUUUUGCCCUGUGAAAGCAUGUUGACAGAGGAAGGUAAUGGGGGAAGAUCGGUGGAAAGGUUUCAUUUUUUCUUCUUCUUUGCAAAACGUCCCUUGGACUUGAAGUACUCGUGUGUUAGGUGACUCAUUCCUAGUUCAUUUUGUUUUGAAUAGGAAACUUCUCCGAUGAGCUAUGACGCUUUGGAGAUUGGUCAAAGAACUGAAGGAGUAAAUAAAUUGUAAAAAGGC